UUUCUUAUCGUUCCCUUCAGUGAACAGUUCCCUUGAACUAGUUCGUUCCGCAACCUCACAUCUCUAGUUACAACAAUAAAAUAAAAAACAAAAAGAAAAGGAAAGAGGUUUAGCUAUUUUUGGAAUUUUGGAGAAGUUUUCGAAUUCCAAAGUACCCAAAUUCAAGAUGAGUAGCAAACAUGUUUACUCUACGACGAAUUUGACAGACGUCCAAUUGAAGGAGCAGGGCAAUAAUCUAUUCUCGGCAAGGAAAUAUGAUGAUGCCAUUAAUUGCUAUUCCAAGUGCAUAAUCAAAAAUCCAAAUAAUGCCACCUAUUUCACAAAUCGUGCCCUGUGCCAUCUUAAAUUGAAACGUUGGGAGUUAUCUUGCCAGGAUUGUCGUCGGGCAUUGGACAUAGAUCCGAAUAUGCUAAAGGCACAUUUCUUUCUCGGCCAAUGUCUAAUGGAAAUGGAACUCUACGACGAAGCCAUAAAACAUUUACAAAGGGCCUUUGAUUUGUCCAAGGAACAAAAACAAAACUUUGGCGAUGAUAUAACCUCUCAGCUGCGUUUGGCCCGCAAGAAACGUUGGAAUGUCCUGGAGGAGAAGCGUAUUUGCCAAGAAAUUGAGCUGCAAAGCUAUAUAAAUAGGCUAAUAAAAGAAGACAUGGAAAAUCGUUUGGCCAAACUGAAGCUAGAUGACAGCACAAGUGAAGACCAACUAAAAGAAAAGCAACAAGAAAUUGAACAAGAAUGUGAUGAUCAUAUCAAGGAGUUGAAUAACAUCUUUGCCAAAGUUGAUGAACGUCGAAGGAAACGCGAGGUACCCGACUACUUGUGCGGCAAAAUCAGUUUCGAAAUCCUAACCGAUCCUGUCAUAACACCAUCUGGCAUUACCUAUGAGCGUAAAGAUAUCGAGGAGCAUUUACAACGUGUUGGCCACUUUGAUCCGGUGACACGUGUCAAACUAACACAAGACCAAUUAAUACCGAAUUUUACAAUGAAAGAAGUGGUCGAUGCUUUUAUUGCCGAAAAUGAAUGGUCCUUGGAUUAUUAGAUGUUAGAGCAAACAAAAACCCCUAGAAUUCCCCGAGUAUUAUAUUGAUACAAUUUUGAGAAAUUUUACUUUCAUUUGAUUUCUUUGAAAAGUUAAAAUUUUUUUGAUACUUCUCAAUUUUAUUAUAUUGGAUAUAUGUAAUUAAUACUAUAUUAGAUAUUUUAAAGAUGAUUUCUUUGGAAUCAUUUCUUAACUUUUUGCAAAAUUUGCCAUCACCAAAUUAUGCAAAUAUGUAUUUAUGUAUUCGUUUGUUAGAUUAGUUUUUCCUUAUCACUCUGGUUCACUAAAUAUUCCUCCUAACUUCAAUUGUUGACUGGUUUUACAAUUAGAUAUCAUAUAGGAAAUAAGCAAUAAAAAUACACACACAUAUUGAUUUCUGAAGAUGUAA